AUGCCUACAAGACGAAAACGCCGACAGUCUCCACUGCCUAACUCCCGAGGAAGGAGACGCAAGACGAGACCAGCCGCAGUGGAGGAGCCUGCUCCCGUGAAUAGCACAGAUCCUUUCGAACGGCUUGACCCUGACUGCUGCAACUUGGUUCUGGACCAUCUGACGCUCUCAGCGCUUGGUCGAUGUGCCCAGGUCUCUACCUCGUGGAACUUCGCCAUAACGUCGUGGAUAGCCUCGUCCGGCUUCUCAACUCAUUUCCCCUCAGCCGAGAACCCACGGGAGAGCGGUGGUGGUGAUGCUCUGGUUGUCCAAGAAUUCAAACGCCUGGCCUCUCAAGACCGGGCCCUCUGGCAUGGUGAAGCGACAUCAGGUCUGCGGCUCACCAAUACAAGUCAUUUGACCAUUGCUGGAGACUUUGUGGCGUGGUCUUCACCGCACGACGGCCUCCACUACCAACAUCUACAAGAGGGAGCCAAGGCAAUGAAGUUAAGUGUUGGACCGUGCAAUCGACAUAAUACUGUCGUGGGGAUGGACCUGAAUUUGGACGGGUGCCUCCUAGUGAGCAUCUCUGUAGGUCCCAGCAUCUACGCCCCAUACGACAACGACCUUCCUCGAGAACGCUGGCAUACUGUAUACUCGCUCCCGGAUCAAAAGGUACUCUGGAAGAUGGUAUCCACCGAAGUUCCCGGAUGCCAGCCCAAGUAUAGUCCUCUCCGUAUCGGGAGAGAUCGAAUAUAUUUGGCCAGGCGGAGCCGGGAGAAGAGCUACGAUCUUGUGGCCGUAGAUUUCCGAACUGGGACCCGGUUGUAUCAGACACCUGUCGUGGCUAACAUCCACGACAAAGACAGCGGCGAUAUACCCGAGAAAACCCUUCAACUGGUCCGACUCGGAAAAACCGAUGAACGGAUUGUUCAAUUCGACUCCAGCCGACUGCUGUAUGAGCCGAUGCCGGCAAGUCAAGCUCCCACUUUCACCAUCAUCGACGGCGCCAAUGGUCGAAGCCAAACAAUGGAUUAUCCCCGGCGUGAAAGACGAGAUCGCGUGUAUGCCAGGGCGAAUUCCAAUUCCAUCGCUUUGCUUGAAUGCUGGUACUCACACGUUUCCUGCCUACUGAUUCAGAAACUCUCGCGUCGGUCAGACGGAACCUUCGUGCGGACCGCUGAACAUCUGGUAACUCCGGGUAGCGGCAUGCUCAGCCUCGCCAUGGACCCCUUCACAUUUCAUGCCUUUGCGCUUGCCUAUGGCCGGACCUGGGUCAGUCCCCUGCGCGCGAUUCUGACGUCCGACCAAGAAUCCUCACAAAGCAGCACCGACGACUUGACCCUAGCUGGAUUCAGACCAGCAUGUGUGGUUAACGCGUACAGCUGCGUUCUCUCAGGUCAGGAGUUGACCUUACCGCCACGAAAACCGGGUGGACCUCGCCGACGAGCAUUGUCUUUGCCCUGGAGACGGAAUUGGUAUGCCUCCCUCGACCAGCUGGAUAAUAGUCUACUUGUGAUGAGCCAUAAAACCCACGAUGCUCGUGACACGUACCUAUUCUCUUUUGGGCCGAAAGCACAUGGAAGCCAGGGCGAAGAAGGUCAAUGA